UUGACACAGCUGGUUUGAUAUUGAGUCUUUGACCAUCUAAAAAGAUGUACCACUCUCGCUCAAAACGAGGGGGCAUUUGGUAAUUUUGUCUUCAGGUUGUCUGUAUGCAGACACCCUCGAGCCAAUAAGAUUUGCCCAUCCACUGAUUCUCUCAACUCACUCGUACAUUUGAGAAAGAGAAAGUUUGAAGUGAGAGAGAGGAGUUAAAGAUGGCCAAUCUUAGAAGUCCAAGGUUUCAGCUCUUACUGGUUUUGCAAGUCCUUAUGCUAAUACAAUCCAAAGUGCUUUGCUACCAGUACAAAGUUGGAGAUCUAGAUGCUUGGGGCAUACCCACUUCAACAAAUCCACAAGUCUACACCAAAUGGUCAAAAACCCAUGAAUUCAAGAUGGGAGAUUCUCUCUUGUUUUUGUACCCACCAAGCCAAGAUUCAGUGGUUCAAGUCACAGCACAAGCCUACACCAGCUGCAACCUCAAAGAUCCAAUCUUGUACAUGAACAAUGGCAACUCUCUGUUCAAUUUCACUUCAUUGGGGGACUUUUACUUCACCAGCGGUGAACCGGGUCAUUGCCAGAAGAACCAGAAGCUCCACAUUUCUUUUGGCAAUGGCUCUGCCUACUCUCCCUCCUAUGGCCCUAGUGCAUUGCCUGAUUCUGCACCUUCUUACCCCACAGUUUUUGGCACAAUCCCAGCACCCCCUUCUUCUGCACCAUCACAAAGUUUCCCAGUUCUCAUGGUAGCUGUUAUUGGAUUUGUGGUAUGUUCACUGCUCAGUGGCAAUCUCUGAACAGCUUCAACAUGGCUGUUUUUGGAUUCUUUUUUUUUUUCUUCUUCUCAUGAAAGGUUCUACAAACAUUGGCAUAUUGGUUGAUAUAUGGAAUUUUGGUAU